GACAUAAACUUAUCAGGGAUUGACUUAAGUAAUGUUUGUAUAUUAUAUGAAGUUGAAUGUUUGGUUUGGUAAGCAGUGAGGCAGAGGACCAGUGUAAGAGACCACUGUUCCUCCAGCAAGAUGAGUAUGAUAAUGCCCUACGUCAUCCCCAUGCUAUUGGGGAGGACGUUUGACAUAAGAACGGACAAACCAGGAAUAGACAUCUUCCCACAUACGGCUCUGCAGGCUGGCGGACCUAAUGGGAUGAAGAUUAUUAACCGAAGAAUAACAGAUGCACGUUACAAACUGGUUGAUUCUUCCAAGGAGGCUCGAGAUUUCUUGCAAGUUGAAGGGGAACUAUCUGUUAAACUGAAAACCGGACUGAUCAACGUCGACGGAAUGGGAAGCUACCUUCGAGACACUACUUCGAGAACCAAAUAUGUUGAGAUUUUGGCUAAAGUUCAUUAUGAAACGGAAACCCACACCCUUUUGAGCACGACACCAAAUUCAGACUGGAAGAUGAACCAUCAGGACGUUCUUGGCACCCAUUAUGCACGUAGUGUCACUUAUGGUGGAGACCUGAUUGCUUCUCUGCGGUUCACAGCAGAAAACAGUGCAGACAGGGAGCACAUCAAAGCCGCGCUUAGUGCAGGUCUACGGGCUGGCGGAGCGUUAGACGUGAACGUGAAGGGCAAAUUUGAGAAACUAGAAAACGAUCUGAAGGGUAGAUCGAGUUUGGAAAUCCAAUACUUUGCCAACGUCCAAGUUCCUGGAGUAGCCACGGAUAUUAACGGGCUUAUGAGCCUGAUCAAUGAUUUUGAAAAACACGUGAAAUUGGUGGAUAAUGGCCGAGGUGUGCCCAUUCGUAUGGAACUGGUUCCUUUGAGUUCAUUGGAUUCCAAUUACAAGAACGUUUUCAGACAAGCAUCAUUUGAAAGCUACAUUGAUGAACUGGAGAGCAAGUUUGAUGAUGUUCGAACCACUACUUCUUCCUUUAAUGAGUGGGCAACAAAACUGCCAUCUCUGAACAGUGCGCAAACACAACUGAUCCACGACUUCAGCAAGGCUUUGCGCGAUGUCCGCCAUACUUUCUAUAACGUCAUUGACCAACUGGACGUAAGUCAAGAUGGCAGCUACCAGCAGUUCACCCCAGCUUUUAACGCCUACGCUGCUAAUGGAUUGGAUAUCCCAGGAAAAUACAACAGAGAGUUCCAAAAGCUGAAACAACAAAUUGAACAAGCGCUGGCCAAGCCACAAAUAGGAGGCACCAUCCGAACUGCCAUCCCCGGGCGGCCCCAGGAACCGAACCCGGACCGAUCCGGUGGAGCUAUCCAAGUCGCCUACCAAGGAGACUGGGCCGCUCUCUGUUACACGGGGAAAUCCCAUGCUUCCCUUGCUUGUGCAGAGCUGGGUUAUGGAAAACUCUAUCUCAUUGCCCAAAGUGCCCCUUGGUACGGUUUCCAGAACUGGGUGAGAGCCAAUUGCAAGGGGCAGGAAACUAUUCUUAGCGAGUGCACCCUACAGAAGAUAAACGGCUGUACCUCGGCUCUCUUCGUUAAAUGCAUGGAUGGCGCUAAUUUUGGAAGAUAAUGGCUGUAAGACCUUUGCCAUUGUCCAGUUGCGGACUUCAAGGAUGGAUUUAUUAGAAUAAAACAUUAUCAG